AUGGCUCGAUCAAAAUGUUUCUUCGACAUUAAUAUUGAAGAUAAGCCAAUAGGACGUAUAAUAUUUCAACUUUAUAAUGAUGUUGUACCGAAAACGGCUGAGAAUUUUCGAGCUUUAUGCACAGGUGA